AUGGACGGUGUCGGCGGGCUCGAAGCUUGGAGAUGGAUCUUUAUCCUCGAAGGGUUAGCAACGGUAGCAAUUGGGGUCAUGUGCCUUUUCUUUCUCGUUGACUCACCUGCUUUAUCGAAAUGGCUCGACGCCGACGAAAAGCGAUACCUCGAACUUCGACAGCAAGUAAGGCGGGUUGUCCGACCGGAUGAGUUCCGAGACAGCCACUUCGACAAACACGCCUUUGUCUCUGUCCUGACGGACUGGAAGAUCUAUCUGUUGAUCUUGGCCAACUGGUCGAAUGCGGUUCCUAACUAUGCCAUGAAGUUCACAAUGCCUCAAAUCAUCAAAAACAUGGGCUAUACCUCAGCAAAUGCCCAGCUCCUGACAAUUCCGCCGUACGCAGUCGGCGCAAUCUCAGCCUACGUCUUCUCCGUGUUUGCCGAUCGGUACUCUUGGCGUAUGCCUUUCAUCGUUGGCCCUCAGCUGUGCUUGGUUGUUGCUUUCAGCAUCUUGUUUAGCAAAAGCGCCAACAUCAAAGACAACAUUGCCCUGUGCUACUUCGCCGUAUGCCUCGCCUGCUUCGGCAUGUAUCCAAUUCUGCCUGGAGUUAAUGCAUGGAACGUCGCAAACACUCCCAGCCCUACGAAACGAGCCAUCAGCAUUGGAUUCUUGGUCUGCGUCGGUAAUAUUGGAGGUCUUAUUGGCAGCUACAUCUACCUCGACAAGGAGGCGCCAAGAUACCCCACUGGUUAUGGUACAUCUUUUGGAUUCGCUUCGGCCGGUAUUGUUGCAGCCAUCACUCUCGAGGUUCUGCUGCAGAGACUUAACAAGAAGAAAGCACUUAUGAGCGAGGAGGAAAUAAGGCAGAGGUAUACUGAUGAAGAACUCGAUCGCAUGGGAGAGAAGAGUCCACUGUUCAAGUAUGCCAUCUAA